GUGGUGCAGCCUCUAGCCUGGGCGCCGUGCGGCCACCUGAGUUGCGAGCCGUGCGCGUGGCGCCAUGCGUGCAGGCUGGGCUCGUGCGCGGGCGCGGAGCUGCUGUGCCCGAGCUGCGGCGCCCUGCCCGACGCUGCCUCGCACCCCGCCGGGCAGGCCGCCUCGGAGGACGCUCCGCUGGCCGCCGAGGGGGCGGCGCGGGCCGACUGGCAGUGCGGCGGCUGCGACUACGCCAACUUCGCGCGGCGGGGGCUGUGCCGCAACUGUG